AUUUGUGUGUGAAUUUGGCUACCCCCUCUGAUUGAAUGAAUCGUUAGCUAUACCUGAUUCAAUUGUUUACAUCCAAAUCCAAUAGAGUGUCGCGAUGGGAUUGUCGGCUUGAACCUUACAUACGUAAAACCUAAACAAUGCAGAUCCCGUUUUCGAGGUUAGACCAUUCUAUCUGACGUCUUGGUCCUCCAAGAAUAGGUUACAAUACAAAUCACCGCUGCAAUGGCGAAUAACGGAGUUACGAAAGAGAAUUACUUUACACGCACAAAAAAACAGUAAAUAUUACAUCCAAAGACAUUUAAUAUCGAAUUUAAAUACGUGUCAAGUUACCGGCUGGACCUCGAAGAAAUUUCACAUCAACUAAACAUACGUAUAAUCGAAGUGAAGAAAUAUAAAUAGACAAGUGAACGAUAAAUAAGUAGUAAAGGAAAAACCCAGUUAAGAUGGAUGUAAUUAGCAUUGAAAGUGGUGACAGUGGAGUAAGAACGUUUAAAAACUCGAACAGUAAUACGAUUCGUUGCAAUUGCUUGAACUCGAAUUCUCUGUGCUACAUACUAAUCACAGUUGCGACGCUGGCUUUCCUUGGAGCAAUAGUCUUCAUAUGUCGUGACUACAUAAAAAUACUGCUUUAUUGGAUAGAGCACCAAAACCCUUGGCUUGUCACGAUUAUUUUCAUUGGCCUGUUUACUAUUGUCUCGUUUCCCAUAGUCAUCGGUUACUUGUUUCUGAUAGUCGCCAGUGGCUACUUGUUCGGCAUUAUAAAAGGCAUAACUAUGGUUAUACUGGCAGCAAAUUUAGGCAUAGCCAUCGCCCAUGGCACACUAGGUGCGUUGUCUUCAAGACUCCCGAUCGGAGCUCUUCUCCAGAGCGACACAGCGAGAGCAAUUCUCAGAGUAAUAUCCGGUCCUCAGGCAUUUAAAGUUGUCCUUUUUGCCCGGCUCACGCCGAUUCCAUUUGGCCUUCAAAACACUAUAUUCGCGGUAAGCAACAUUACCGGGUUUCAAUAUCACCUGGCAAGUGCGCUUGGUCUACUUCCUGCUCAGUUGAUAAAUGUUUAUUUGGGAAGUAGUUUAAGAUCUAUGCAGGAUGUGCUUGAGGACAGAUCCACUGCAGCCACAGGAUACACAGUAUUUUGCUUUCAGAUCCUCAUUGGUGUUUCGCUGAUGGUUUACAUAGUACAGAAGGCACGCCGAGAAUUACAAUUAGCAUUGCUGGAAGCUGACCUAGCUUCAAUGGCUGAUACUCCGCAUUUUCUUCUUGAAACUCUUCCAGAUUCAAAAAUGGUACUGUCCAAUUUCAUCGCUUAACCAUAAAGUCGAGUAUUAUUUUGAGGUAAUUUUAUAUCUACCAAGUCCUCAUAAUUUACAGAUUGCAUUACUUUAUAAAUAGGCAAUCUCUUCCCAUUUUAGAUAAAUAUUUGAAAUCUUAUAAUAUGUAUGCCACAUACAUACUGUCAUAAGAUAUUAUAGUAAGGGAACUUCUUUUUUUAUGUACAAAUGUCUUACGAUUUUUUUCAAAAACAUUAUGUACAUAUUGUUACUGCAUAAGCAUUUAGCUCGUAACAAAGUCGGUACGAGAAAGUCAUGUAACUUGCACUGUUCUUAAAAAUGAGAAUGAGUAGAAAUAUCAUAAAGUGAUAUUUGUAUUAUACAGAACAAAGAUUUUACACAAUUAAUAUAGUGACAGUGGUUAGGUUGGUAAUGGUGAAUAUUUAGAAUGGAAACACAAGUCAUUAACAAUGAUAACAAUGUAAGAUUCUGACCAAACGAGAUUCUAACGCAAUGGCAAAAGCUUUCAGGAUUUUCAGUUCAUUCGAUAUUCAGAUACCGAUCCUUGAACAACAAAAGCCAUGUCAUCGCAGUCGAUAAAUAUGGUAACAAUCAAUUUUUA